GGCCAUUUUACUGUGUUUUGCAGGGAGACGUCAAACGUCAUGUGUAUACAUUGUGUUCACGUUAAUGCUGUUACGCUAGCAGAGUAACAACAGAGCUGUAAAUGAAGAAGAAAGGUGGACGUUUUUCGAGACCUCCACUUAAACAUGGAUUAUGAAAGACGGGGAGGUCGUGGUGACCGCCUAGGUCGCUAUGGAAAAAACACAGAUGAUCAUGACUACAGGGAUAUGGACUAUCGUGGCUAUGGACAGGAAAAUGGAAUGGGACCAAAUAGCAACUUAACAAAUGCCAGAUUUCAUGGGCGUGAUGGUAAUGUUGGAAACAUGAGAGACUUAACCUCAGGUAGUGUCUCGAGUAACCAACCAGGGUUCAGACAAAAGGAUAACUUUGUAUCGGAGAGUAACAAACCUGGAGAACCUCUCAUCCAAGCUUUCCAAAAUCAGAACAUCCACUCAAGGUUCCAACGGGAUACGGAUUUUGAUGGGCAUAGGAGAGACACGAGAGAGUCAUUUAGAUCAGGACAGAAGGUUUAUAUGGAUGGCCAAACUCCAGAUGAAGGUGAUCGGCAUGAGGACAACAACUGGAGCAGAUUUAAGAGAAAGAACAGCUCUCAGGAGGAAUAUGAAGCAGAAUGGAGAACUGAUGAAGAUAAACAUCUCAGCCACAGACAAGGUUUCCCUGACCAGGUCCAGUUAGAUAAGGACAAGCUAAGAGACAGAAGCUUACAUCAUGCACAAAUGAACCAAGAUGAUCCAGAACCACAUGACCAGGACUACAGGUCUGAUACUGAGCAGGCCCAGAAACCCAGCAAUAUCAUCAUGUUGAGAAUGUUGCCACCCAAUGCCACAGUCAAUGAGAUUCGGGGUCAGCUCCAGGAACAGGGGAUCCAGCCCAGAGAGGUUCGUCUCAUGAGGAACAAGUCUUCAGGUCAGAGCAGAGGAUUCGCCUUCGUCGAGUUUAAUCAGUUGCAGGAGGCCACCCGCUGGAUGGAGACCAACCAGAGAGUGCUCACUAUAAUGGGACAGCGAGUUUCUAUGCACUACAGUGACCCAAAGCCUCGUGCUAAUGAAGACUGGCUGUGCAAUAAGUGUGGAGUACAGAACUUUAAACGACGAGAGAAAUGUUUCAAAUGUGGAGUACCAAAAUCAGAGGCAGAGCUCAGAUUGCCCCUGGUGCCACAGAGUUUACCCCUGGGGCAGUUAAAGGACUCCGCUCAAGGUUUACUGCCCCUCCCUGCCAUAUUCCAGACUGCAGCGCCAAUUCUCAACAUGAUGUCCUCGUCUCAGGUUGUUGAGGUGGCUAAUGACACUCUGAUUCUGAGGAACCUUGGACCUCACACCACACUGGAAACCAUUUUAUCUGCCCUGGCUCCAUUUGCCACUCUGUCACCCUCAAACGUGCGGCUUAUCAAAGAUAAACAGACGCAGCUCAACCGAGGAUUUGCUUUCCUACAGCUCACUACUAUUGUGGAAGCUUCUCAACUGCUCCAGAUCCUUCAGUCCCUACAGCCUCCUCUCUCUAUCGAUGGAAAGCUCAUCUCUGUGGAGUUUGCCAAGGGAUCCAAGCGUGAUGUUUGUCUGACAGAUGGGAAUCGAGUGAGUGUGGCGACAGUAGCCAGCACAGCUAUAGCUGCUGCACAGUGGGCCGUCACUCAGACCGCUCAUCUCUCAGGUUUAUCUGAGAGCAGUGAUUUGAGUUUGCACCAGCAGGGGGCAGCAGCAGGGUCUUUAUUCGAUCAGGAGGCUUUACAGAGUGUCAUUGCAGAAACACAAGCUGCUCCUACAAACAGUCACACAUCAUUAUUAACUCCUGACAGAGUUGUGUCGAUCUCCAGAGACUCCUCAGUACUGUCAGUCCCAUCAUCUCAGUCACAGAUCAUCACCAUGGCAACAUCCUCACAGCACAGUCAGGGCCCAGUGGAGAUCAUAGGGAAACCUCAACCGCCAAGCCUGAACCAGCCGGCCACGCCUGGAACCGCUCUGGAGUGUCAACAAUACCCGGAUCCCGAUGUGUCCACGUAUCAGUAUGAUGAAAACUCUGGAUAUUAUUAUGACCCUUUCACCGGUCUCUACUAUGACCCAAACUCACAGUACUACUAUAAUCCUCAAACACAGCAGUACAUGUACUGGGAUGGGGAAAGACACACGUAUGUUCCUGCAUCACAGACCUCGGAAAAUGGACCGAUGACCUCUGACCUCUUAUCUACACCUAACAAUGGCAAAGAUAAGAAGGACAAGCCCAAGAAUAAAACAGCACAGCAGAUAGCUAAAGACAUGGAGCGAUGGGCCAAGAGUCUGAACAGACAGAAGGAUAGUGUACGAUCGUCCUCAUCGCUGAGCUCCAACCCUCGACUGCAGGGCAGACCGGAUGACCGACGCGAGUCUGCCAGCGCUGAUGCCGGCUAUGCCGUCCUGGAGAUGAAGGGUGCAUUGAUGGAGAGACCUUUGAUACUGACCUCUGAACAGAUGAGACAUCCAGAAGAAAGAGAACUGAGUCCUCCUCAGGGUCUUGUGGCGUCUUACAGUGGAGAGAUGGACAGUGAUGAAGAUGAGCGAGAUGAGCGACUGACAGACUGGUCUAAACUGGCCUGUCUGUUGUGUAGGAGACAGUUUCCCAGUAAAGAGGCUCUGAUCAGACACCAACAGCUCUCUGAUCUUCACCGACAAAACCUGGAGCAGAAGAGGGGCAGACAGUUCCAGAGCGAGAUACAAGAUCCAUCAGAAACCGAGCUGAAAUACAGAGAUCGGGCAGCCGAGAGGAGAGAGAAAGGCUCUGCUUCACAACAACCAGAUGUCAAGAAGAGAAAGUUCAGUCCUGUUUAAGAAGAACUAGUAAAGAUCUGGAUAGUUUGAUGUUGACCUAACUGGGUUUGUGUGAUUACAUUGCCAUUUGUUUGGAUAUGGAACAGUAAGAUUGUUUUGGGACAUGUACUAUAAAAACAUCAUAGUGCUUAAUGCAUAUAAUAUCAACAAGCACCAUGGUAUGUACUGUAAUAUGCUGAGAUAUUUAUUUUACAGUUUCAUGGUGUGGCUGGAGGGCCAUAACAAGGCUUUUUUAAUCCUGGUGGAAUAAUGCCAUUCAUUUUUAAACUUUUUUCAUUGUUUGAGAAUGGCACUAUUGAAAACCUCAUGAACAGUUUCUCAUCAAAACAUGUACACAGACAGAUUCAUGUCAUAAAACAUGAGGAUGAUGUGGAAAUUUGAUUUUGGUUACGUGAAGGACUACUGGGGAAUCUGGAGUACCAGUAUUAUACAAACCAAAACUACUGCUGGACCCACAGUUACCAUGUGAUAUUCUUAUUAUUAUACUGUCUGCAACCAGCCAUGAAAGAAAUACACAUUUAUCAAUCAUAUAUUGUGAACACAUAAUACAUGUAUAGGCAGCAUGAAUUUACACUAUUGAAAAUCUGGGUAAAAACUAGUUUUUAUAUCAGAUGUAAAAUCUUUUUCAGCAUGUUUUUAACCAGUCUCAUCUGUUUAAUAUGCUGGUUUGUGUGCUAUGCAUUUUGCAUGUCUAUAUUGACAUGUUGAUCUAUGCAGGUUAUCACAAGCACAGCCAUUGUCUGUGAUCAGAUGAAAAUGCACAGUACUGUAUGUUACACUUGUUAGAUUAUACGCACUUACAGUAUAUAUACGAUUUUAUAUGAAGAUGACUUAAGCAAGCUAUAUAAAACUAAAUUAAACUGUCAACAUAUUUUUACAUGUAAAUUUCAGCUGGACAAAGUGGAUUUGAAGUAUGUUUGUAUAAGCACUAAGUUUCAGUUUAUUUUAUUUCUGUGUGCGUGCGUGCGUGCACAAUAAAUAUUUGUAUAUGAUUAUCAUAUCUACAUUUUAUCACAAAAGGACGAAUGUUUAUUUUGUUUAAUAAGUUUAAGAAUUUGAUUCUCAAUAAGAAAUGUUUCCUUUAUGAUGUGAAUAUAGACUAUACAGUACAAAUGUGAAGCUUAUUUUGAGAGCAAAGAUGUUUUGUAUAUUUGUGUUGAUGCAGUAAGAGUUUGAGUUAUGUUUAGAAAAAAUGGGUACAUUUCACAGAUUCAGUACAUGUCUGAGGUCAUAUUUCACCCUAAAAUAAAAAAAACAAAUCUUGCUUUUGUAUUAGGAUGUUAUUUUUCUGCAAAUUAAAAAUACUUUACCCCUACAUUCUCAAUGCAUAUAUUGAAUAAGAAACUAUCAACUAACAAAAAAGGUUUCUUCCAACAUUUCUCCAUACACAGCAGUGUUGUAUAAAUCAAAGACUUGACUAAAUUUGUCUCCUAACAUGUGUUGAAUGAAUGCACUUGCACAUUAUAUCUUUCUGUUUUUUAUUUUUAUUAAUUUGUGGAUUUUUGUGUGUUGUAAACUAAAUAUUUGAUUCCACAGAAUUAAAAUGGCCUCUUUCUUA